AGGAAGGUUCCGAGGUCCGGCCGGGCGAACUGCCGUCGCCACCCGAGUGGUUGCGGGGAGCUGACGGGCGGAUCGUCGGGGCGCGGCGCGACGGGAGCGGGGACAGGAUUUUCUUGGAGAGAAUCUUCACUCAAGAGUUUGCCAGCAGUCCAGGAUGGCAAGCAAGGGACCUUCGGCCUCAGCAUCACCUGAGAACUCCAGUGCAGGGGGUCCCAGUGGCAAUGGUGCUGGUGAGAGUGGAGGGCAGGACAGUACCUUCGAGUGUAACAUCUGCCUGGACACAGCCAAGGAUGCAGUGAUUAGCCUGUGUGGCCACCUCUUCUGUUGGCCAUGUUUACAUCAGUGGUUAGAGACCAGACCUAACAGGCAGGUGUGUCCAGUCUGCAAAGCCGGCAUCAGUCGAGACAAGGUCAUCCCGCUCUACGGCAGGGGCAGCACAGGACAGCAGGACCCCAGAGAGAAGACCCCUCCUCGUCCUCAAGGACAAAGACCGGAGCCGGAGAACAGAGGGGGAUUUCAAGGAUUUGGAUUUGGAGAUGGUGGCUUCCAGAUGUCUUUUGGAAUUGGGGCCUUUCCCUUUGGGAUAUUUGCCACAGCAUUUAACAUAAAUGAUGGGCGACCUCCUCCAGCUGUCCCUGGGACACCUCAGUAUGUGGAUGAACAGUUCCUGUCACGUCUCUUCCUGUUUGUGGCCCUGGUAAUCAUGUUCUGGCUCCUGAUUGCCUAACUGUUGGGUUCCCAGCCUACAUCUAUGGCAGCACCUCUGGACUAGUGACAUGCUACCCCCCACACUCUCGGUGUCUGGCUUCCUGGCUAGUCCUGACCCCUGGAAUCAGUGGGCUCAGUAACACAUCAAGGAGUCUUGCUUCUCCAUCAGAGCUUUGGGACUCAAUCAGACCCAGUUGGUGAGGAUCGUGGAGCGUGAUCUCUGCUGUAAAUGCCCUGCUAAAACUUCAGGCCAUGGCAUGGCGUCGUCUCUUACGGGUGACUCCAUGAAAUUCUGUUCCAGCCAGAUCAGCAAGUCCUGACUGCAUAGAGAAGAGGCAGGAAGAGGAAAACUGCUGGUAUAAUUUCACCUAAGCUUCAUAUCUCAAGGACACAGGGAUGCACCAAAUGAUCCUUACAGAAACUUGCUUUCAUCUCGAAGAUACUCCUUUGUAAACUGCCUGUGAAGUCAGCGGGCUGCACAGCAGUGAGGGCCCCCUUCCAUUUGUCAGUGAAUCCUCUCCUGAUUUCCUCUCUCCCCCUUCCUCCUCCUCAGUGAGAUGCAAGAAAUUGCACUUCUAUAAAAAUUAUAAUUGCAGUGACUGAAGCUAGAGUUGAUUCAUAAAAUCCCAAGAGCCCCAAGGGUCUUUUCAUGAAUUUGGGCCAUGAAGAGUUGUUUCAGUGACUUCGUGGUUUCCUGACACAGACUCGCCCUGCAGACUCGUGGUUUCAUUCACACUUGCUGAUCGCCCUUCACCCCAAACUGCCCCUCUUCCUCUCUCAGUGCUGAUGCCAUGCCUGUGGAAAUACCCACACCCAGGACUCCUGUGGGAUUUGGGACGUGGAUGCAGAAACAGCUGCAGAAAACUGCCCCUCAGGCUGCAGAAGUUCUGGUGCAUCUUCCCCUUGACCUGCGCAAAGGAAAAGGCAGCCUCGUCAAGUCAUCCUAGCUGCAUGUUUAAGCCUACCCUCGUCAGACGCCAAGUUGUCCUGUAUGAAGAGGCAGGGAGUGGGGAGAUCGUGUGUUGCCCUGAAUUUGGUAUUGCUUGAUGGAUUCCCCUUAAAACUCCUUGUCGGUGUGCUGCAACUCGGGAAGCAUGAGACUCGAGAACAGGCAACCCCUGAUGAUUUGUAAAUCCAGGCAGCAGGGCCUCCUUGCAGCCUCAACCUGAAAAUAAUGAUGUGGUCUUCCUGUGGAAGUCUUUCCCCUGGAAAGUCCCAGGCGGAUUUAUUCUUGCAAGUCCUUGAUUGUUUUUUCAACUCCACAAGCCUCUUCCUCUGAUUCUGAGGGAGUGUGGUACCAGGCAGGAGGACAGUUUACGUGCUGGGAUGGUUCCCACUCAGCUAGUCAGGCCUCUUCUGGAGAUCCAGCCUUUCCCAGAAGACCUCUGGGGUAUGGAGAAAUUUCCUCUAGGGGCUGCAGCCACUUGGCCUGUUCCUCCCGCUCCUCACCCAAAGCAAUAAUCAACAGUAGAAGGGUCUGCCUUUUUUCACUUUUUCAAAUAUGGUUCUGGAUAGCACGUGGAAACGAAUACUUUGAGUAAGAUGAGGAAAAUCCUCCCCUCUUCACAUCCUCUACCCUUUCCCCUUUGCGCCUGUCAGUGCCAGAGUUCAGUGUUUAAACCGUCAAAAUACAAGUAUUGAAUUGGUGGUUCGUUUGCCGAAUCCAUUUGGCAGGAAUAAGCCACCAGCUUUCAGUAUGCCUGCCUGAUUUUAAAAAUUCUUGAGGCACCCUCUCGAGAGUGUUCUUUUUAUCACCUGAAAAUCCCCAACUUGAGAGGCCGCCCUGGUCUCACGACAAAAGGAUUGGUGGCCUGGCUCAGUACACUGCUGCCCCCUACUGGUGACAAAGAGGACUUCAGUCAGGGAGGCCCUAUGGACACAUGGGUUUUGAAAACGGUUAAAGAAUAGUUAGAGAUAGAAAAUCAAAUCAUUUGGACUGUUUAAUAAAAUGGGGUGAGCCCAGAAGAGUUCCAAUAGAAAAGGCACCCUCGGGACCGUUAGAGCCUGGUGGGCCAACGUGCCCUUUGACUUUAAACUUUAUAUGUUCCCACACAACCUCUGCCAGGAGCCGAGGCAGGGACCCACCAUGAGCUGCUGGUCCAGCCCAAAUGGCAGCCCCCUUCACACCACUCCUACAGGCUCACCACUCUGCCAAGGCAUCUUUCCUUUCUGUCAUGUAUGUUUUCUAUGCUCUUGGCUCCACCCGCCUCCUGCCACAUCUGUGGAUCAGGACCAGAUCCCAACGAGUCAGAAAAUGGCACCAUGUAUAGUGGCACACCUUAACCAGACACUAAUUUUCACUGUUGUGAAAGUGAUUUGAUUUAGAAUUAAACAAAUGGUUUUACAUUA